CAAUUGGUAUCAAAGCUCGUGAUCCUUGGCAUGACGGUAACCAUAAGUCAGAGUCAAGAUAAAUAAGUGGAAGAAAUGGAUGAUCGACUAGCCCAGAUCCAAGAUCACUUGACGAAACUGAUGGCAGGGAUGAAUAGCAUGAACGAAAGGAAUUCACAAACAGAUAAGGAAUUGUGUGAGAUCAAGGAAACCAUUAGCCGAUUGGGAAUUAAGGGAAAAGAAAGGAUCUGGGAAGAGUGGAAUCUUCAACUGAUAGGGCAUGUUCAUUUGAAUUCCAGCAUGAAAUUAGACACAAGGAAAAUCACAGCAAUUCUGGAAACUAGGAGCGAUCACGAUGGGACUUCUCAGCAUUAUCCGUAAGAUCAAGCGAAAAGAAAAGGAAAUGCGCAUCCUUAUGGUGGGUCUUGACAACUCUGGUAAGACAACAAUAGUCUUAAAAAUAAAUGGUGAAGAUACAAGUGUUAUCAGUCCAACUCUUGGCUUCAACAUCAAAACCAUCACGUAUCAGAAGUAUACCCUCAAUAUAUGGGAUGUCGGGGGGCAGAAAACAAUACGAUCUUAUUGGAGAAACUACUUUGAGCAAACUGAUGGCUUGGUGUGGGUUGUGGAUAGUUCUGAUCUGAGAAGGCUAGAUGACUGCAGAUACGAGCUACAUAAUCUUCUGAAGGAGGAGAGGCUAUCAGGAGCAUCUUUAUUGAUUUUUGCAAAUAAGCAGGACAUACAAGGUGCUCUUUCUCCAGAUGAAAUAGCCAAAGUGCUUAAUCUGGAGGCUAUGGACAAUAGUAGGCACUGGAGAAUCGUGGGAUGUAGUGCAUACACCGGAGACGGGCUACUUGAGGGAUUUGAUUGGCUGGUACAAGACGUUGCAUCACGAAUCUAUAUGCUUGAUUAAGUGAAGUUCACAUUAAGAUUUUGAUUCCUGCAAGAUGACCUUUUAAAAAACUUUUUGAUAUACCAUUUGGAAUACAUUUGUGCAUGUAAAGAUAUAAAAAUCAUGUUAGGAGCAUUUUACUAGUUACUGCUCAUUUGUGCACUGCUCAAAUUACCAUUUGUGAGGAAAAUUAUUUUAAGACCUU